AAGGAAGAACAAAUGGAAUAUGAGUAUUCGAAGUAAUUCGAUUCAGUAUUGUAAGGGGAGAAACAAUGGCGUGACAACCAAAAGGGCGAGUGUAUCAACAUUCUGGGAUGGAUUUAUUAACCGGAUAUUGAUGCUUUCCGGUUGAUCCAAUGACGUCAUGACAAUGGAGGAUGAGGCGGUGAUCAUCACCCCUUGGUCAGAGUAUCUUAUCACCGCCAAACACAUCAAGGACUGCUCCCUCCAGCCUCACUCGCUUCCUUCGUACAUCGCCUGGGACGCCAUCCUUCAUCUUGCACCGGAAACGGACGAUCUACGUCACAUAAUCGCCUCCAGCAAAAAUGGUCAUAUACUACGAGUGGAUACAGAACGUGACGUUGAAGAACUGUCAGAUCUACUUCUAAACCGCCCACUGCUCAUGCGCGUAACCUUAGUUCACACUAUGGUCGCCAGCAAAUACAGCGCAGACACCGUGUCUAUAUGGGAAGGUGAUUAUGCAGUCAUCCUAAACACACGUCACCAGACCAUUAGAACGCAGCUGCGGAAGGCGCUGAAGGACGCAAUCACAUUCGUAUCAACCAGAUGGCGCUUCUGUAUAGAGAUUGACCUAUCUGAUAUCAUCGAGGGCUGGUACCUGCAGACAAUAGAUGUUUACUCCGGAUGUGACGACUUCCAGACGACAAAAUGUCGGCGCAGCCGGAUAUACGUCACCAACCACAUGACCUACAAUCAUUGCUUUGAUUGUUCGCCGAAAUGGUGGUUGUGUUUUAGCCCAUGUUGGUUGAUGACAGCUCCUUGCUAUAUUGGUUAUCGCCGCUUGACAUGCAAGGACAUCCGUUUAAAGCUCAAUGCCAAGGUAUCCCCCGUCAGAUGUCUCCGGCGGACUAGCAGCACUUCCGAAGAUACAAAAUCAAAAACGUCUACGAUCGUCAACUACAAGAUGGAGGAUGACAUUACGACUACUUCCUCUUUAAAAGGUCAUUUCCGGCCGGACGAGAUGGCAUCUUACGGAGCUGUGUGACAUUUUCCAAUUAGAGGUUCUACCUCUUCCGGAACGCAUGGGAAGUGACUUUAAAAUGCAUUAUAAUACAUAACGUCCAUAUAUAUGUUUGUAAUAUUGGUGCAAUCGUUCUUCUCUAUAAUAUAUAUUGAAUAUUGUUCAAAUUAUAUGUAUAAAGAAUAUUUUUAUUUUUUCUCGCGUAUGCUUCUGAUUAAAGUGUAACAUUUGAUACUGGGUGAAAAGUUUCCUGUUCUGAUAUAUUGAGAUACAAAGCUAUUAUAUCCACGAGCAGUCUGUAUAUCACAUAAAAUAACAGCGAUAUUUAUUUUAAGUGUAUUGUAUAUAUAUUAAACUGCGGUAAACAUGCUAAAAACUGAGUUGUCGUCAAAGUGUAAGCAUUGUCAAUACAAAUGCCAUCUUUAAAUACAAUGCCGUUCAUUA